AUGUCCCACCAAACUGGAAUUCAUGCAUCAUCUGAGCUUAAGGAGUUUCUGGCCAGGGCAAGGGGAGGUGCCAUAAGAAUAAUGAAAAUCAUCAUCAGAAAUGAGGAGCUAGUGUUGGGUUCGUACCGGGAGCCGGCGCAGAGCUGGGACAAGGAUUAUGACCACUUCCUACUCCCCCUGCUCAUCGCCCAGGAGCCUUGCUACAUCCUGUACCGUCUCGAUUCCCAGAAUGCACACGGCUACGAGUGGCUCUUCAUCGCUUGGUCACCUGAUCAGUCCCCAGUGAGGCAGAAGAUGGUGUACGCAGCCACCCGUGCCACGCUGAAGAAAGAGUUCGGGGGAGGCCACAUUAAAGAUGAAAUGUUCGGUACAGUAGAGGAUGACCUGUGUUUCCAGGGCUAUCUCCGCCACAUGUCCUCUUGUUCCUGCCCUGCGCCGCUCACAGCAGCCGAACAGGAACUACAAAGAAUCCGAGUCACAGAGGUGACAAUGGAGUUCGGCUUAGACAAAAGGGCACAGACUCUUCAGGGUCUUGCCUUCCCCUUGCAAGAGGAGGCCAAACGAGCUCUGCAACAUCUCAAACAGAGGCGUAUCAACUACAUACAGCUGAAAUUGGAUGUUGACAAAGAGACAAUUGAGUUGGUCCACACCAAUCCGACAGAGACACACGAGCUUCCCUACAGGAUUCCCACUGAUUCACCCAGAUACCACUUCUUCAUCUUCAAACACUCCCACCAGGGGCAACUACAGGAGGCGCUGGUGUUCAUAUAUUCCAUGCCUGGCUACAGCUGCAGCAUCAAGGAGCGGAUGUUAUAUUCCAGCUGUAAGAACCGGCUACUGGAGGAUGUGGAGAGAGACUACCAACUAGAGGUCAACAAAAAGAUGGAGAUUGACAGUGGAGAUGGCCUGACAGAAGACUUUCUAUACGAAGAGGUUCAUCCAAUGGAGCACACACUGAAGCAGGCAUUCUCCAAGCCACGUGGACCAGGAGGAAAGAGAGGCAACAAGCGGCUCAUCAAGGGUGCAGGAGAGAAUGGGGAGGAAAGUUAG